CCUGGGGCUGUGAGGGGGCCGGGGGGCGAGGGGAAGUGGCCCCGGCUCGGCGCAGGCGCAGGGGCCGCGGGCGCCAUGGAGGGGGUGCUGUAUAAGUGGACCAACUAUCUGAGCGGUUGGCAGCCUCGAUGGUUCCUUCUCUGUGGGGGAAUAUUAUCCUAUUAUGAUUCUCCUGAAGAUGCCUGGAAAGGUUGCAAGGGGAGCAUCCAAAUGGCAGUCUGUGAAAUUCAAGUUCAUUCUGUAGAUAAUACACGCAUGGACCUGAUAAUCCCUGGGGAGCAAUAUUUCUACCUGAAAGCCAGAAGUGUGGCUGAGAGACAGCGGUGGCUGGUAGCACUGGGGUCAGCCAAGGCUUGCCUGACAGACAGUAGGACCCAGAAGGAAAAAGAGUUUGCUGAAAACACUGAAAACUUGAAAACGAAAAUGUCGGAACUAAGACUUUACUGUGACCUCCUCGUUCAGCAAGUAGAUAAAACAAAGGAAGUGACCACAGCUGGUGUGUCCAAUUCAGAGGAGGGAAUUGAUGUGGGAACUCUGCUGAAGUCAACCUGCAAUACUUUUCUGAAGACUUUGGAAGAGUGCAUGCAGAUUGCAAAUGCAGCCUUCACCUCUGAGCUGCUCUAUCGCACCCCCCCAGGAUCACCGCAGCUGGCCAUGCUGAAGUCCAACAAGAUGAAACAUCCUAUUGUGCCAAUUCAUAAUUCAUUGGAAAGGCAAAUGGAAUUAAACAAUUGUGAAAAUGGAUCUUUAAAUAUGGAAGUAAAUAAUGAUGAAGAAAUCCUUAUGAAAAACAAGAGCCCCUUGUAUUUGAAACCUGCAGAACUGAAUUGCAGCAUAUUGAGUGAAGAAAAUACUGAUAAUAAUAAUGUAACAGUCCAAGGUGAAAUAAUGAGGAAAGAUGGAGAAGAAAACCUGGGAAAUCAUGACAACUUGACAGAAUCAAACUCCUCACAUAGCUCUUCAGAAUCCCAUUGGGAAGAAAGCCAAGAAGUUAUCCCAACUUUCUUUAGUACCAUGAAUACCAGCUUUAGUGACAUUGAACUUCUGGAAGACAGUGGCAUUCCAACAGAAGCAUUCUUGGCAUCAUGUUAUGCUGUGGUUCCAGUAUUAGACAAACUUGGCCCUACGGUGUUUGCUCCAGUUAAAAUGGAUCUUGUUGGAAAUAUUAAGAAAGUAAAUCAGAAGUACAUAACCAACAAGGAAGAGUUUACCACCCUCCAGAAGAUAGUGCUACAUGAAGUGGAGGCCAAUGUAGCCCAGGUCAGGAACUCAGCUACAGAAGCCCUCUUGUGGCUGAAGAGAGGUCUCAAAUUUUUGAAGGGAUUUUUGACAGAAGUGAAAAAUGGAGAAAAGGAUAUCCAGACAGCCCUGAAUAAUGCGUAUGGUAAAACAUUACGGCAACACCACGGCUGGGUAGUUCGAGGGGUUUUUGCGUUAGCUCUGAGGGCAGCUCCAUCCUAUGAAGAUUUUGUGGCCGCAUUAACCAUAAAGGAAGGCGACCACCAGAAAGCAGCUUUCAGUGUUGGGAUGCAGAGGGACCUCAGCCUUUACCUCCCUGCCAUGGAAAAGCAGCUGGCAAUACUGGACACUUUAUACGAGGUCCACGGUCUGGAGUCUGAUGAGGUGGUAUGACAUCUGCAGGAAAGCACCACCUCCUAACUUCAGGGAAUAAAAUUUGCUGAAGUGUUUUGUUGCCCUGCUUAAUUUCCAGCAGCAGCUGCAACUCCUUACUCUCUCCAGCUCCUUCCUUGAUAGGGGUUGGAGAGGAGGAGGCAAAGCCUAGUGCUUUUAUAUAUAAUUUUUUUUAAUGCGUUGUGUUUUGUGUGUAUAAAAAUCAAGGUGCUAUAUAUUUCAGUUCAGAGGGCCUCUGGGAACCAAAUCAUAGCCGUUACACAGACUUGAACAUCAAGAUUUGACAAAUGAAUUUGUUGGUAUUUGUUUCAUUUGUUUUUAGCUUGUCAUUUUAAUGGGCCACCCAAACCCAAUCUGAAAAUGAACAAAUUCUGUAUCAAGGACAAUGACUAAUAGCCAGUCUUUCAACAACCUAGAAUUAGAUUAAAAUUUUGUUGAGAGCUAAGCCCCUUGUUGAAGCUAUUGAAAUGUAGUUUGCUAUUCCUACGUGUUCUUCAGAUAAUCCUCCUCUCUGUCACUCUGUCGGUGAGAAGAGCCUGUGUAGUCAGGGUGUUCAGGGCACUGGUGUGACCAUGUCUGUGUGAGAACAGAGGACAUAAACAAGGAACACCUUCCCUUUUUAUGGGUGAGAUGUCCUAACCCCAAGCUGGAGGAUGGUAUGGGAGGAGUGGGACAGGUCUUCCAGGAUGACCCCUGUGUGGUGCCCACCCUUUGCCAGCAUGCUUUCCCAUGUAUUAUCUCAGUUGGACUCUCAAGUGAAACUGUGAUAUACAGGGAUUAUUACCCAGUCUGAAAAGUAAGGUUUAGAGGUUGAGGGAUUUACUCCUAGUCACACAGCCUCUGCAUAGAGGAACCAGGUGAUUCUCAGUGUGAUCUGGAACUCCUCUGCAUCAAAAUCACAUGGAGUGCGUGUUCAAAAAGCAAAUUCCCAGGCCUUACCCUAGAAGGACCAGAAGCCUUCCCUGAAGGACCAGAAUAGUGGGGGUAGGACUUAGGAAUGUGCAUUUGAAUAAACUUUCCAAAUGAUUCUAGUGCACACAGGGUUGAAGAACCAUGAGAUUAAAUUGUAGUUUACAGUAUUCCAGUCUUCUGCAUAAACUAAAUGAUGUGUACUUUUUUCUAAAGAAGAAGAGCUAUUGUUGAAAUAAAAUAGUUAGAGAGUGAGAAGUAGAGCAAGUUUACUCAGCAGCUUUCUUAAUUGAACCAACACUGGCACCCCUCCAGCAGGCCUUCAGGUUGCAUUAGGGGAUGUGCUCUCUGGUCAGUCUUGGUUUAAUCAUCAAUAGUGCAGAGCAAGCUAAAUGCUGCUGUUUAUCAAUGUCAAAAGCUUUGGGACAUGUCAAAGUUUAAAGGUGAGAUUUAAGUCUUUCUUAAAACAACUUUGUGUAGGCCUUCUCCUGAAAAGGCCUUCUCCUGACAUCAGGACUGCGGCCCUAGUCUCUCAGUAGGGCAGGCUGCCCUAGAGCAGGCCUGGGAGAGAAGUCAUGGGGGCCUUCCCAUUAGAAGCUCCUUGCUUAUAGUAGCUAGAAGGGAAGUUCCAGCAGAGGUAGUCCCCCAGAGUAGCAGGGGAGUUCCUUUGAGGGGCACAGGUAAUGCUCCCUAGCAGCCCCAGAUGAUGCUGUUCUGGGGCAAAGAGAACCCCCUCCUUACACAGAGAGGUUAAUGUAGGGAGGGGUAUUGAUUUUGCCUUCACCGGCUUCAAGCAAAUGGGCAUUUUAUAUGGCUCACAUUAACGAAGCAGGUACUCUGCUCACAUAAGGACUUCUGGAAAAUGCUUCAGCUUAGAAAAGCAACAUCAGGUAUUUUGAGACAAGGGGGGAAAACAUCAAUAAAAUGAUGCUGGUUCUUUUGUAUUUGAGCACUUGCCUUUGGCGGCUGCCCAGGCAUGUGUGUUGUUUCCCCUGCUCCCUUGAGUAGUUAGUAUAGAUCUCCUUCUCUGGCUGUUGUGGCCAUGAUGGUGGGACUAGGAGGUAAUUCAGACUUCCUGCCGUUGGGAUAGUUUCCUAAAAGGGAAAAAGGAAAGGGCAGCCAGUCUUUGCUCGUACCCUGAAUGAAGACAACUCACACAUUGUGCUGUUGGGAAGGGAUGCUGUGGACAUUGUGAAGCAUGACUGGUCUAAGCAAAUGCUAGUGCUUUCUGUCAUCUCAGGUGAGCUCAGGUGGUCUCUGGAGACUGGGUGCGCACUCUGGGAAGACCUCAGAUUUGCCACUGAGGUUCUGAAUACACAAAAAGAAAGCUGUUCAGCAUGGUCAUUUCCCAUUUAUAUAGGUACUGCCUUAGUGUACCUCAAUUUUCAUGGGAAGAGGAGUUUAAUAUUUUCUGGGAUCAUUGGGUCCCAGAUCAGAAUAGCUUGAAUAAGUUACAGUUUCUGCUCACUAUUUUUCCAACCCUACAGAAAGGGGAUAAUACUUUUCAUAGGUAUUUUCCUCAUGGGAGCAUAGUAAGUUUGCCUAAGAUGCAUAAAGCUAUGAGUGUCCUUAAAUAAAAAUAACUAGAAAUUUAACCUAAUAAUGGACAAUAAAUUCAACUUGAUAUGAAGUUUGGCACAGUCAGAGCUUCUUCCUGGAUCUACAGUAUUUGCAUAUCUAUUUUCAUUAAAGUCGUAAUUUGUGCUAAUUUGCAGUUACUAUCUAAGAAGGAGACAAAGAGAAACAAAUAGUUAAGGCCUUCUGUCCAUAAUCUGCCAAGAUUUCUGGGACAUCUAAGCUUUCUUUGACCCUGGCAGGUAGAGGUGAUGAGAAAAUGCUAGACAGAGUAAUCACAUGGCUCUCAUUGCUCCAAACAUUCUUAGGAUUCCUUUUGUAGAGUAACCUUUAAUGAGAUCCUGAAGAGAAAGCUACUGUAUCUUCUAGGUAUUAGUAGAAGCUACUAAGAAACAUUUGGAUGACCCCUUACAGGGGCUUCCAUAAUUUCAUCACAUCUACACUUUCCCCCAUAGGAGAAGCCAAGCUUUUAUACGUAGGAGAGAUAAAUGUGUAUUUGUCGAACUGAACAAAGUCCUUUUGAUGACAGCAAUUUUUUUGUCCUUUGAAAGCAAAUUUGAUUCAUUAUAGCUAAUCCUGGUGACAAUGUUAAAUUGGAGGGAUAUCUUUUGGGAACAAAUCCAACUUGUGACUAUGAAUUGAAGAUGAUUUUCUCAUCCAGCUCUUGAUCCAGCUCUGCAAGGAAUUCUAGAAGUGGGGCAUCUUGGUCCCCAGGGAGUUUACUUUGAAAGGUGGUGUUUGUUAGGGUGUAUAAGGAGUGGCUUGAGGCACCUUAUCAUUAUUACUUGUGUGUCAUUCUGAGCUGAAAGUUUCCCCAAAUCUCAUAUUCUGUAAUGAGGGAUUGCUGAAUUCCACAGUUCAGCCUUGUUGUUUCUCUCUCUUCCUUGUUACUAAAGAUUGACAGCAGUGCAACCAGCAAAUAAGCCCCCACCCCACCCCACCUUUUAGCUAUUCUGCCCCAUUCUUCAGCAGCCCUGCUGUCCCUCCCAGACUGCAGGAGCUUCUCAAAGAACCCAUGCUCCUAUUGGUAGCUGUAAAGUAGGUGGUUGCCAUGAUGGGUGGCAUCAAAUAAAGGUGAUCUGUUAGUAGAUGAGCAUUAUUAGAAAAGUUGGCAGUCUUCUCUUUUUAAUUAAUUAUAUAUAUACACAGAUCGAAAAUGUUAAUGCUUUAACUUUAUAUUUUCUAGAAAAUUAAAAAUAUGUGAUAGGGAGCAAUAAAUAAAGUACACUUGUUUUUUUUUUGAAGUAAAAGAGCUGAAGUAAGAGGUAUCUUAUUAAGGAAAUUUAAUCUGUAAAAAUCAUAUAUAUGAAGAAACAUCAUUUAAGAUAAUAAAGUCAGGGUCAUGAGAAAUAUACAGUGACAUUAGGCAUUUUGGAAACUUUCUGAAGGAAAAUAAUUUUCAUGUUUUUUUCCCACUGAACUACCACAUCCUAAAAGAAGCUGGUUACAUAAUGGUGUAUUUCUGAAUCACUGAUUAAAAAUAUUUGCCUCUGA